UUGGCAGGACACAGAUUGCUUGGGACAGGCAGAACUAAGCCUUUGGAUACUUGCGUGGUCUGGUGACCCGGAGAGAAAAGGCAAAAGCAAAACUCUGGACCAAUACCAUGUCGACCGUGGUAGCUCAGUCACUGCAUGUUUUUGGUCAUCGAUCUCACGUAGCCAACAAUGUCUUCUUCUUCGAUGAACAGAUUGUUAUAUUUCCUGCAGGAAAUUACUGUGUGAAGUACAACGUGGAUCAGAAAUGGCAAAAAUUCAUUCCAGGUUCGGACAAGAGUCAGGGCAUGUUGACCUUGUCAAUCAGCCCCAAUCGACGAUACCUCGCUAUCUCCGAAAUCAUACAAGAGAAACCUGCCAUCACCAUUUAUGAACUGUCAUGCAUCCCUUGCCGAAAGCGUAAAGUUCUUAGUAAUUUUGACUUCUCAGUUCAAAGAUUCACCAGCAUGGCUUUUUCUCCAGACUCCAAAUACCUCCUGACUCAGACAUCACCUCCAGAGUCAAACCUUGUCUACUGGCUCUGGGAAAAGCAGAAAGUGAUGGCCAUUGUUAGAGCUGACACUCAGAACAAUCCUAUCUACCAGGUGAGCAUCAAUCCCCAGGAUAACACUCAGGUUUGUGUCACUGGAAACGGGAUGUUUAAGCUUCUCCGUUUUGCUGAGGGCACCCUAAAGCAAACCAAUUUUCAGAGAGGAGAACCUCAGAACUACCUAGCCCAUGCCUGGCUGGCUGAUGACAAGAUUAUCGUGGGCACGGACACAGGCAAGCUCUUUCUCUUUGAAUCUGGAGAUCAACGCUGGGAGACAAACAUAAUGGUCAAGGAGCCCACGAGCGGCUCCAAGAGCCUGGACAUCAUUCAGGAGUCAGAGAGCCUGGUCGAAUUUCCACCAGUCAGUUCCCCGCUUCCUUCCUAUGAGCAUGUGGUGACAACCCCUAUCCAAACAGACCACCUGGCCAUGCCCCGAGUGUUUGCCAUUGCCGCCUAUUCCAAAGGAUUCGCCUGCUCUGCUGGGCCAGGAAGAGUUCUGUUGUUUGAGAAGAUGGAAGAGAAGGACGUUUACCGGGAGAGCAGGGAAAUCCGGAUUCCUAUGGACCCACAGAGCAAUGACCCAAGUCAGUCUGACAAACAGGAUGUUCUGUGUAUGUGCUUCAGCCCCUCGGAGGAAACCCUGAUUGCCAGCACCAGUAAGAACCAACUCUACACCAUCACCAUGUCCCUGACAGAGAUUAGCAAGGGGGAGGCUGCUCACUUCGAGUACCUGUUGUACCCCUUACACUCAGCGUCCAUCACCAGUCUAGCUACUUGCAUCCGAAAACCUCUCAUUGCCACCUGUUCCCUGGAUCGAUCCGUUCGCAUCUGGAAUUACGAAUCAAACACUCUUGAGCUAUUUAAGGAGUAUCAAGAAGAGGCAUAUGCAAUCAGUCUUCAUCCAUCUGGACACUACAUUAUAGUAGGGUUUGCUGACAAGCUACGCCUUAUGAAUCUACUCAUUGAUGAUAUACGUCUUUUCAAAGAAUACUCUGUCAGAGGAUGCAGAGAGUGUUCCUUUAGCAAUGGAGGUCACCUGUUUGCUGCAGUCAAUGGAAAUGUGAUUCACAUUUUCACCACCACAAGCCUGGAGAACAUCACAAACCUGAAAGGACACACAGGGAAGAUCCGUUCAGUUGUGUGGAAUGCAGAUGACAGCAAACUGAUUUCUGCUGGCACAGAUGGCGCUGUAUAUGAAUGGAAUCUGUCCUCAGGAAAGAGAGAGACAGAGUGUGUGCUCAAGUCCUGCAGCUACAACUGUGUUACCAUCUCCCCUGAUGCCAAAAUUAUCUUUGCUGUUGGAUCGGACCAGACCCUCAAGGAGAUUGCAGAUUCUUCGAUCCUUCGAGAGAUGUCAGCAUUUGAUGUCAUCUACACAGCUAUUGUCAUCUCACAUUCUGGGCGCAUGAUGUUUGUGGGCACCUCAGUGGGAACCAUUCGUGCCAUGAAGUACCCUCUACCUAUACAGAAAGAAUUCAAUGAGUACCAGGCUCAUGCUGGUCCUGUCACCAAGGUGAGACGGACCUUCCCUCCAUCAGGGGCCCUGUCCCAGAUCGUGCCCGAUGGUCCUUCAUCCUUCAACCUCCUGGUGUCACUUCUCUCUUCUUAUUCAUCUGUCAACCAAUUGCCUAUUGUCAAUCUAUUGCCUACUUGUUUUAAUUACUCUAGGAAUUUAUUUAUCCUUCGAGAGAUGUCAGCAUUUGAUGUCAUCUACACAGCUAUUGUCAUCUCACACUCUGGGCGCAUGAUGUUUGUGGGCACCUCAGUGGGAACCAUUCGUGCCAUGAAGUACCCUCUACCUAUACAGAAAGAAUUCAAUGAGUACCAGGCUCAUGCUGGUCCUGUCACCAAGAUCCUUCGAGAGAUGUCAGCAUUUGAUGUCAUCUACACAGCUAUUGUCAUCUCACAUUCUGGGCGCAUGAUGUUUGUGGGCACCUCAGUGGGAACCAUUCGUGCCAUGAAGUACCCUCUACCUAUACAGAAAGAAUUCAAUGAGUACCAGGCUCAUGCUGGUCCUGUCACCAAGGUGAGACGGACCUUCCCUCCAUCAGGGGCCCUGUCCCAGAUCGUGCCCGAUGUUUCACUAUUGUCCCGGAAGUACAAUUACGGAGUCAUGUGGUCUCAGGUCAAAGAUACAGGUUUCAAAAUUCCAAUUCAUCCCAGUGAGAGAGAAUCCUCUCAAUUCUGUGUCCUUCUCCCAAAGGCUCAGAUUAUGUUGGAGCUAAAGACUCGUGUAGAAGAAUUAAAAAUGGAGAAUGAAUAUCAACUUCGACUCAAAGAUAUGAACUAUUCUGAGAAAAUUAAGGAGCUAACAGACAAGUUCAUCCAGGAAAUGGAGUCCUUGAGAACAAAAAACCAGGUUUUAAAAACAGAUAAAGAGAAACAGGAUAUAUACCACCGUGAACACAUAGAAGAACUUAUAAAUAAACAAAGCCAGGAACUUCAAGACCUGGAAUGCUGUAAUAACCAAAAGUUGCUGCUAGAAUAUGAGAAGUACCAGGAGCUGCAGCUCAAGUCCCAGAGGAUGCAAGAGGAGUAUGAAAAACAGCUUCGGGACAAUGAUGAGACCAAGAGCCAAGCCCUGGAAGAACUGACUGAGUUUUAUGAAGCCAAGCUACAGGAGAAAACUAGCCUUCUGGAAGAGGCACAGGAAGAUGUCAGGCAGCAGUUACGAGAGUUUGAAGAGACCAAGAAACAGAUUGAAGAAGAUGAAGACCGAGAAAUCCAAGACAUGAAAACCAAGUAUGAGAAGAAGCUUCGGGAUGAAAAGGAAUCCAACCUACGGCUCAAGGGAGAGACCGGCAUUAUGAGGAAGAAGUUCAGCAGCCUGCAGAAGGAGAUUGAAGAGCGAACCAAUGACAUUGAGACUCUGAAAGGAGAGCAAGUAAAACUACAGGGAGUCAUUAAGUCCCUGGAAAAGGACAUACAAGGCCUCAAGCGAGAGAUCCAGGAAAGAGAUGAAACAAUUCAAGAUAAGGAAAAAAGAAUUUAUGAUCUGAAAAAGAAAAAUCAAGAACUAGAGAAAUUCAAGUUUGUGCUCGACUACAAAAUAAAGGAGCUGAAGAAGCAAAUAGAGCCACGAGAGACUGAGAUCAAGGUGAUGAAGGAACAGAUUCAGGAGAAUGACUGCCUCCCAAGGGUCAAGUCUCACUCAUCCAGCCUCAUGAAGCAAGUCAGAAAGGUGCUUCUCCAGAGAACCCUGCCUCAUAUGGAAGCUGAGCUGGAGCGUUUCCAUAAACAGAACACGCAACUGGAGCUGAACAUCACGGAGCUGUGGCAGAAACUGAGAGCCACGGAUCAGGAGAUGCGCAAAGAGAGACAGAAGGAGCGGGAUUUGGAAGCUCUGGUCAAACGGUUUAAGACAGACCUUCACAACUGUGUGGCCUAUAUCCAGGAACCCCACCUACUGAAGGAGAAGGUCCGAAGUCUCUUUGAGAAAUACGUGCAGCGGGCAGACAUGGUGGAGAUUGCAGGGCUGAACACAGACCUGCAGCAGGAGUAUGCCCGCCAGCGGGAACAUCUGGAGAGGAACCUGGCCACUCUUAAGAAGAAGGUUAUUAAGGAGGGUGAGCUGCAUCGUAUGGACUAUGUUCGCAUCAUGCAGGAAAAUGUCACUCUGAUCAAGGAAAUUAAUGAGCUCCGCAGGGAGCUGAAGUUCACUCGCUCUCAAGUCUAUGACCUUGAAGCAGCUCUCAAACUGUCUAAGAAAACCCAACCGCAAGAAGUUUCAGAGACAGUGUCCGGCGGGGACAUGCCCAGUGCCACUGCCACCAUGAGACUGAAUGAGCAAGAAGAAACUGGGAGAAUCAUUGAAAUGCAACGCCUAGAAAUCCGGCACCUCAGAGACCAGAUCCGAGAGCAAGAGCAAGUGCCGGGGUUUCACACCAUUGCUGGAAUUCGACUUCCUUCCCUUGUCGAUUCAGAUGUGGAUUUUGACGUGAAGACCAAGUGAUCCCUCCGGUGAGCCAUCUCCAGCCACAGCCAGACAUGGUGUGUCUGUCCUCCGGCCAGCUUUGCACUGGUGUCUGCAGUCCCUGCAGCACCGAGCCCUUUUUUUCUGGCCCCGAGGACCUGGGG